AUGAGGGACUGUCCUCAUCAUGGCUUUUCACAAGAGAAUCCUAUGAACAUCUUCUAUGGAGGAAUUGACCAGAAGUACCAUAUGGCACUCGAUACUGCCAGCAGAGGAGAUUUUUCUUCUAACACUGCCGCUGAAGCAAACCUCUUGAUCGAAAACCUUGCAGCGAGUAACAGCAAUCAUAGCCAUGAGUAUGAUCGUUCUGUGCAUGUUGUUAGCUCCGUGUAUACAAAUGUUAUUAAGAGUCUCACUGCCAAGGUAGACCUUUUUUUGAAGAGAGAUCAGCAAGCUGUCAACAUGUGCGACGGACAGACAGGUGCGUAUCAGCAAGUUGGAGUAAAUUCAGGUUUUGAGGGGAUAGAGGAGCUGAACUAUGUAGGAGGACAAGGGAACUAUCAGAAUCAUGGGUUUAAUCAUAAUUUUAGAAAUCAUCCUCAUCUCUUCUACAGAAACACCAACAUUGAGAAUUCUCAGGAUCAGGUGUAUCCUCCACAUAAUCAACAAGGUAACUUCUCGCAAGGAUUUCAGAACAAGGGGGUUGGAUUUAGUAGCUCAAAUACCCAAGGAUACCACGCUCCAUCUGCAGCUCCACAAGAUAACAAACUCGAAUUGAUUAUGCAAGCACUGUUGGAGGGCCAUAAGAAAAGUUCUGCUGAGAUUAAUGUCAAUAUUGAUAGCAUGUACAAUGAUUUGAAUGAGAAAUUUGAGAGGUUGAGUUCACGUGUUGAUUCCAUUGAUAAGAGAGUCUCUGCUAGCUCUAAGAACAAAGAGUCAUGCAAUGCUAUAACACUCCAUGGUGGGAUCGAAGAUGGGCCGAGUUGUGUUGUGAUCAACUCAUGUUUGGCUUCCGCAGAGACGGGAUCGAUCAAUCCUGAAACGAGACCAGCCGGUCCCAUCCAUUAUGAUAAUUCGAGUUUGAUCCCCAGAGAAGUUGGAUCGACCGAUCCCCCUUAUAGAUUAAUCGAUCCCGUCAACGACGCAGAACCAGUUUCAAAAAGUUCUAGUUUGACCGCUCCACGUGAUCCAGCCCAGUCGGUCCCUGUUGCAGAGGCAGUAAAGCAUAUCUCUUUGUUUAAGAAGGUUUACAAUGAUGUUGUGGUUGAAGAAAAGGAUUUGGUGGAGGUUAAGGCGUUUUGGGCUCGAGAGAAGAACAUUCAUACUCCAUCUUUGAAAAGACUACCCAAGUUAGAAGAUCCAAGAAAAUUUGUUGUUCCAUGCUCCAUCUUAGGAGUGAACUUUGAGGACUCCCUUUGUGACACUGGAUCCAGUGUGAACGUAAUGUCUAAGGCUGUUGUAGAGAGGUUGGGGAUUGAUGAUAUGAAGACUUCUAAGGUCUCUCUAAAGUUUGCAAAUGCUGUCACCACGACUCCAGAAGGCUUCAUUAACAAUUUAGAUGUUCGAGUUGGGAAUUGCUUGGUUGCUACAGAUUUUCAUGUUGUGGAAAUGAGCGGGGGUUCUGUUAUGCCUUUGAUUCUUGGGAGACCUUUCCUAGCAACAGUAGGAGCAGUUAUUGACUUGCCUAAUAAGAGGAUCGGUAAAGUCUUCUAUAAUGCAAUCAGUGCAAAUGAAGCUAUACGACAUGGCUCUUGUCUAGUUGUAGAACAUGAGAAGAAGGUGGAUGUCAUGAUAACGGGAGAGAGUGCUGAUAAGAAUGAGGUCAACGAAGUCCUGGAUGGAGACACUCAUUCUUCUAAGAAGAGUUCUAAGAAGGUUAAGAAGAGAGACAAGCCGAAGAUAGAGAGAGUAAUACCAGAUCUUCACAUAACCUUGGUACCCCAGAAAUAUGUUAGUGACACCAUUGAGUACAAGGUGAAGUGUAAAGGAAUAUCUCGGCCUUUCUCUAAAGUUAAAGCCAUCCUGAUGCAGCGCAUCUUCCCGGUGUUCAUCACGUUAGAGACUCUUGUUCUUUGCUUUUCGUUUGACUUUUUGUAUGGGCUUAAUGUAUAA